UUAGACAGAUGACAGUGACAGAUCGACAGAUGAGCGAAUUUUCAUUUUCCUUAUCUUUCGUUUUGUUUGUUUUUCUUUUUAUGUACUUUUUGUGUUAAUAUUUUUGUAAUAAACAAAACCAAACUUUAAACAAAUGGAAAUGGAAGUUAAACAAGAAGUUGCUGAUGAGACAUGUUCAGCAGAAAUGUAUUGUAAUGCUGUUGAUGAUGGCCCUUUGGAUAUUUGUAAAAUCGAAAUUAAGGAAGAACCCCUAAGAGAAAGUACACAUGAUGAUAGAUUUGAAUAUGUAGCUUUACAGAAAAUUCCCAUAAAGACCGAAAUAAAACAAGAGGAAUAUAAACUUUCGUCAUUUAAAGAGGGACAAACAAAUACAGAUGGCUUUUCCCAAGAGGAGAACACAUUGGAGACUAUGAAAACAAUACCCGUACUCACAUGUACCAAAGAACAACAUGUUAGUCAACCAGUUGAAGAAAAUACAUUAAAAUGUGAAAUUUGUGUUACCCACUUUACCCAUAGAAGAUCAUUAAAUAGUCACAUGAAAAUUCACACUGGAGGAAAACCUCACGAGUGUGAAAUUUGUUUUAAUCAAUUUAUUGAAGCAGGUCAUUUGAAAAAACAUUUGAGAGUACACACUGAAAAACCUUACCAUUGUGAAAUUUGUUUUAAGCUAUUUUCUCAUGCAAAUUCUUUGAAAAAACAUUUGAGAGUGCACACUGGAGAGAAACCUUACAAGUGUGAAAUUUGUUUUAAACAAUUUAGUCAAGCAGGUUGUUUGAAAAAACAUUUGAGAGUGCACACUGGAGAAAAACCUUACAAGUGUGAAAUUUGUUUUAAACAAUUUAGUCAAGCAGGUUGUUUGAAAAAACAUUUGAGAGUGCACACUGGAGAAAAACCUUACCAGUGUGAGCUUUGUUUUAAACAAUUUAGUCAAGCAGGUAGCUUGAAAAAACAUUUGAGAGUGCACACUGGAGAAAAACCUUACAAGUGUGAAAUUUGUUUUAAGCAAUUUCGUGAAGCAGGUCAUUUGAAAAAACAUUUGAGAGUACACACUGGUGAAAAACCUUACCAGUGUGAAAUUUGUUUUAAGCAGUUUAGUAAAGUAUGUAAUUUGAAACCACAUUUGAGAGUUCACACUGGAGAAACACCUUACAAGUGUGAAAUUUGUUUUAAGCGAUUUAAUCAAGCAGCUAGUUUAAAAACACAUUUGAGGGUGCACAGUGGAGAAAAACCUUACCAGUGUGAAGUUUGUUUUAAGCAAUUUAUUGGAGCAAAUGAUUUGAAAAAACAUUUGAGGGUGCAUACUGGAGAAAAACCUCAUAAGUGUCAGAUUUGUUUUAAGCAAUUUAGUCAAGCAGGUAGUUUAAAAAUACAUUUGAGGACACACACUGGAGAAAAACCAGUGUGAAAUUUGUCUUAAUUAAUUUAGCCAAAAAUGUACUUUGAAAUUGCAUGAGAUUUCACUCUGGAAUAAAAGCCUAAGGCGGCGUUCAUACUCGGGCGAUACCCGAUAAGCGACAUUUUAUCGCCACAAUAUAUUGCUAGCUAGGUAGGUUCAAACAGAACGGACGAUAAAUCGCCGUGACCAUGCAAUGAUAAUGGAAGCACAAUUCAUUACAGUUAAUAUUAUGAGCUCAAUUGAGGAAUACGUUGUAGUGGCUUAUGCGUAAAAUGAGAAGAAAAUUCUGGGUACAUCCUUAUAAUCUUAUCAACGCGCACCAUAGCUCAGCUGUUGUUUCCAGAGAGCUGUAUCAACACGAAUUAUUAGUUCAAAGAAGUUCAAAGACCGGUAUCUUUUAUUUCUGAUGUCAUUUCCAUUCAUACAGUACUGCAAGCAGGAAGGGAAUAGUUCUAGAUGCUCUGCCGAGCUUUCACUAAAUUUAUGAAAAGAAUCACAGAACUGUCUUCUUUUCUUCCCGACAUGUAGUACUUCUAGUCAGAGUCAGGGCCGCGCCGUCCACGUGUGCAAUGUGUGCCGCGCACACAAGCGCCAGCAAUUAAGGGGCGCCACUAGAGUUUUCACAAAAAUUUUAGACGGAUCAAAAUAACACAUACCCAUUUUUUUUCAGCUUCUACCAAACGUUGGGAUAUCAUAAAACAACACUUUGCAAGUCUGGUUUUAUGCAUUUAUCUAAUUCACGCUGGUUCAGCAAAAUUGAUUUUUUAAAGACAUACAAAAAUUUGUCAGAAAUUGAUUGUGCUUUAUGUGAUAUAACGCAUUAGGAUAAGAUCGUGAUUGAAAUUAUCAAGCUAGAUGUUUAGGAGAUAAAAUAUCAACCUUUACAUUCAUAUGGUCAGUUGUGCAGCCUACGUUUCUAUGGUAUAAAGUUCUGAUAAAAGUUAACUUUGUUAGCAAAAUUUUUCAAUCAAAAAUAAUGAAUAUGCAGCUGGCCCUAAAUGCUUUACAAGAGAUAAAACAAUAAUUAUUGCUAGAGUUUCGGACAGAUAUCAAAUUUAAUGAUGUAAUUACUACAGCAAAUGAAACUGCAGAGAAACUGAAUGUGAAGCCCAGUUAUCAACCAGCCACACAGUUACGUCUUCGGAAAAAAAGCUGACAGUUCGAUUAAAAUGUCAUACAAAGUUUAUUUCUCUCGUUGUGUUCUCGAGCAAGCAUUAAUGUCAGUAAAUGAAAGAUUUUCAUAUUGGAAAAUCAUGUUAAUUCUUUCAAAUUUUUAUAUAAUUUUAACGACAGUACAGAAAACUCACAAUUAAAACUUUUGUGUAGAAAUUUGGAAACAAAAACUGAGGUUUAAUGAUCACAGAUAUAUAUUAUAGAGGGAGACGAUUUGUUUAAAGAAUUAUAUGAAUUAUACAGCUUCAGCCGUUGUUAAAAGAAUUAAAUAAUGAUGUUUGUAAAAUUUUAAAAUAUAUAUUUUUAAAGUAAUUAGCUGUUUGUUCUUCUUGACAGUGGCGUGCUGGCCAUAUAAAUGAAACGGUGCCAUCACCGAGAGGCUGCGGCCUCGUGAGACCGGUCAAAUAGGUGUUCCUUAUAAUAGAAGGAAAAAUGGGGAUGGGAGGCCGCUUGAAAAGGUACAGCACGCCAAUGCUUCUUGAUGUGCCUAUCCGUGAUGAAUGUUGUCGAUCAUCAUGGCAAUCUUUAUCUUAGCUAUAUCCGCGCUGUUCAGAGCGGAAAAGCUGCACAGAUGUUGUGUUGAACCAGGUUCUGCGGUUCUUUAACCAGGAUGUUCUUCCUGGAUCUCGCUUUCCAAAUAUUUUUCUUUGUACGAUGGCCUGUAGUAGGGCAUAUCUGGAGUGAUUUCACAUACUGUGUAUAAAGUAUUCUAACUUCGAUAUUUGAUGGUGGUCAGCACCUCUCGGUUCUUCUUCAUUUUUCUGAGGACCUUCUCAUUUGUGACCCGGUCAGUCCACGUGAUUUUAAGAAUUCUACGGUAUAGCCACAUCUCAAAGCUUCCAAUUUUCUGCAUAUAUCUUCGUCGCAAAGUCCACGAUUCAACACCAUAAAAAAGGACAGAGAAGGCGUAGCAUCUCAGCAUUCUUACUUUUAUACCAAGAGAGAGGUUGUGACUCUUGAAGAAAGCCCCCAUACCUACGGUUGAAGGUGAAUUUAGCUUUUCCAAUGCGCGCUGUUAUUUCUUGGUUGAUAGUUCAUUCUUCAUUUAUGAUGGUGUCGAGGUAGUUGUGUGCGUCACUCUUUCUACAGGGGAUUGGUUGAUUUAGAGUUGCCCUUCUGUUAUCUUUUUCUUGCUAAUGGUCAUAAGCUUUGUCUUCAUUGCGUUUAUAUUGAGUCCAUAUUAUCGACUGUAAUAUGUGAUUUUGUUCAUAAGGACUUGUAGAUCUUCUAGGUUGUCCGCAAAGAUUAUGGUAUCAUCUGCAUACCUGAUGUUAUUUAGCAGGUACCCGUUUAGAUGAUAGCCAAAAGAAGAAAACCCGUUUAGUAGAAUUCCUUUUUGAGUUUCGUUUAAAGAUUCGAUAAAUAUUCUUUCAGAGUAGAGAUUGAAAAUUAGAGUGUACAAUUAUUUUAAUUAUAGUGUAAUUAUUUUAACUUGGUGUAUUUUCCUGUUGCAUAUAAAUAUGAGAAUUUUUAGUUACUUUUGUUUCAUUACAAUAAAUAUAAUUGUUCAUUUUCACAUUAUUUAAUUUAACUAGACGAUUUAAAAAAAAUGCGUAUUUUUGGGCGUCGUUAAAUGUUUUGCACACAGGCGCUAACACGUGCUGGCGCGGCACUGGUCAGAGUUAGGCUACUGCUCUCUUUUAAAAUGGGUCGAUUUAUAAUUAGGAGUGAAUUACCUAGUGCUAGUGCGAGUACCAGUUCAAGUGAACGAAAUGAACAUCUGACUGAUGAUGAAAACAUUUCGGAGUAUAUACUUGCGAAACGUAAACGGAUUGCCAAUAGUGAUUGUGUAAAGGGAAUUAUUCGUCAGUACCAUUCGAUACGUCAUCAAUGGCCUGGGUGCGAAAUCUAUAUAUCGAGUCGGCUUAUGACGCGGCCUUGUUCAUUACUGAUGAAGAGGGUGAACUGAUAGAUAUAAAAACAACCGUGGACUUAAAUUUAAGUACAGUAAACUAUUUGAAGAAGCGGAGGCUCAGUCAAAACUGAAGAAAAUCAAAGUUAAUGUGGAUGUUGCAUCAUUUUGGAUUCCCCUCUUCAAUGAAUAUCCACUGAUUACAAAGAAAGCUAUGAAUGCAAUAAUACCGUUUUCAACUUCUUAUGUCUUAAAAUCUUUGGACGACUUGAGGGUAUGCUUGUCUACCAUACGUCCUAGAAAGAAUUUAAUAAUGAAAGGUCACCAAGCACAAAUAUCGCAUUAGAUGUGGUGUCAAUAUUUUUAUUUAGACGGACAUUCUGCUUUUUACUCCAUUAUUUUUGAUUAUCAACGUGUCGCUUUUAACACAAAAUAUAUGUUUGUAAGUGCAUUAAAA